CGGAGUGAGAAAUGCCAUGUGUGGCGUGUGAGUGUGUGAAGCCAUUGAAAUGCGUGAGACUUGAGAGGUCUGCUUACCUUCUCUGGUACCAAGGGUCAUUUGUCAUUUGUCAAGUGACUGUUCAGUGAACGAAACAUUUUUUUCGGUUGAGGAAGUUACGCAAAACACAAGGUAGGCCUAUUCAUUCAACAUAUUUUGUAUACAGAUGUUGUUACAGAUUCUUUGAAUGUGGAGUUGCUUGUCUUCAAUAUCUAGUUAUUGUUGUAUUCUAAGAAAGCCAGUGAUUGUCAGGAACAUUUGGUUGAAGAUAGAAUUUAUGAUGAAAGAAUUUUCUCUGAUCCCAAGUGUGACCUCCAUGAACAGUGAGGUUUAAAGAUGGAUCAAAAUAAUUUUACAAAGGAACAUACUCAAAGCUCAAGCAACAAUGCCACUGGCUGCACGGCCCAAGACAAAGCAUCUGAGUCACAUCAACUCAGUCCUGCCCCAGUCCCUCAAAAGAGGCAGGCACCAGGGAGGCCGGCCCCACCCCACCAACACACUGGACAAGCCCCACCACGCCAACACACUGAACAAGCCCCACCCCGCCAACAGACUGGACAAGCCCCACCCCACCAACACACUGGACAAGCGGAUGUAGAUGGCAAAGCUCCUCACAAGUUGAAACAGGAUUAUCAGCCACAUCCAUGGGAACCAUCAAUUACUAAAGAUUUACCCUCUCCUCAUACACUUAAGUUAUCUUUAGUGAAACCAGACACUGUGUGCGUAACCUGGAAACACAAUGAAGAAGUGACUGAUGAUACAAAAUUCAGAAUCACCUGGACAAGUAAAAGUAAUAACCAGGAAUACCAUGAGGUGCAAGUUCCAAAAGUAACUAUUAAGGAUCUUGUAGCAACAGAGGAGUAUGAAUUUAAAGUUGCCUAUCUGAGUGCUGACAGAAGACGGUGCAGUCCAAAUGUGUCUAAAACUAUAUCAACAGGUGUCCCAGCACCUGAAAAGUUAUUGGUGGAUUCAGUGACUGCUACAUCUGCUAAUGUUAGCUGGAGUCUGGCUGACAAAAUGAGGCAAAGACCACACCGAUUUCUCAUCUAUUAUUGGAGUGAAGACGAUGAUCCAGAGUCCAUCUCUACAGAAUCAUACACCACAGACAUCACAGGCUUGACUCCAGAAACUGAAUACCAUCUCAGUAUAUCCACAGUGCUUCAUGGAGAACCAAGCAAGGCUGUUGAAACUCAUUUUUUCACAGAUGAUGUUAGUAACAGUCAACUGACGGGAGCAUUACCAGAGAGCAAGCAAACUACUCUCUCUAGAGUGUGGACAUUUUACACUGUGGCUCCUGGAAAGGCACAGAAUAUUGUUCAGCAUAUCAGCAAGUGGCUGAAAGAGAGACAUAUGAAAGAAGAAGAGUCGCCUGAGGAAUGUGACUUCAUCCUGGCUGUCUGUCCAAUUGUAUCCCGUCUUGCCACAGACUUUGAGGCAAUUCUGAAAAUGAUUCCUGGCUCCCAUCCUGCCAUCCUGGUGGUGGUACACCACACCUUUAGACCAGAUUAUGUGGUUCCUGACAGCAAAAAGCUUCUCGGCAGAAGUGACAUUCUACUGGUGGACCUCCUUUUUGAUGAGGACCAGGGAUUUCUGCACUGUAGUCGGAACAACAUAGCAUUCGACACAAUGAUGAAAUGGAUAAGGGACAAUAUAUACAGGAUCAACUUUAAAAGUAGGAUCAGGUUGAUUUUACAGAGAUGGUCUAAAGCUGAGCAUUGCAUUGAACUUGGAAGAAGUAUACAGGUAUGGGUAGGCCUGUCAUGGGAGGCGGAAAAAUGGCCAGCAGAAAGGUGUGCAGCAGCCACUGGAAUGACCUCUUCCACCUCCUCCACUUACAGCUCCUCAUCAGCCGGCAGUGGGAUGUGAUCCUGAAGGGCCAUGUUGCAGAAGCGCCGCCACCAAAACUACACUGCACGCCUUUGCAGGAUGGAGCUUCAGGCCACCAGCGGAUUUGCUCACACACCUUUCCACAUGCCCAGGGCCCUCUCCACAACAACGCGGGUCCGGCUAUGGGCGUUGUUGUACCGCGCCUUUGCCUCACUGUUGGGCUCCUAGAUGGAGCAGUUGACAUGCUUGUAUUAUCAUAGGGGGUUGAUGGAAUAAAGUAGGUCUUGAAAUGUCAGUGCACUCAGGGAAUAUAGACAUGCAUUUGAAAACAACAGUAUAGACUUUGCUACUAUCUCAGCAGCAGAAGGCAACAACAUGAGCAGCACCUACAGUAACACUGUGUGUGUGUGUGUGUGUUGGUACAGCUGGCGCAGAUCCUUCAACCAUUUGAGCAUUGAAACAUUUGUGCUAUGUGAACUGUCGUUUUGUGGUUGUGAUUCAACACACAACUUCAUAACUACAAUGGAUGAAAAGUAAUGGUAAAAAAACUGUAUAUGUGCAUUUAAAAUAUCAUGAAAUACUUGUGUGUGGUAACAGUAUUCAGUUUUCAGUGUCACAAUGAAAACACAUAACAAGGGCAACAUUGGAAAAAUGCUGCAUAAAGGCAUGAAAAUAUUCCAGUGAAAUGAAGGGCAAUGAUAAAGUAAAGUAUUCAUUUAUAUAGCGCUUUUAGAACAGAGUGAAACCCAAAGUACUUACACAACAACAUGUUGUUCAACAUUGUUCAUAUUACAUAUCCAUAUUUAUUCUGCUCUUAC